AAACGAAACAACACGAUUACGAACGUCAACGAAUAGCAGCGGUGAAUUUGUCAGUGGAAGAAGACCAUCGCGACGUUACGAAAGCAAUUUUGUGGCUCUAUCAAGACUUUAGAUAAAUUAGCACUGUGCGCUAGCUUAAAUUUCUGGUUGAUCCACGUAGCAUCAUCAAAUUAAUAUAUACAAAAUGUUCGUGUCAACAGUCUCCCGUAUUGCCCCCGUCGCCAGGACCGCUCUCCUUAACGGUUCAAAGCAAUACUUGCGACCAUUGAGCAGCGCUGUGAUUAGCCAGAGCCAAUCCUUGGCAGCUCAGAACACAACGCCCGUUGCUUUACUGCCACAAAUUAGGUCAUUCCAGACCUCUCCAGUCACUCGUGACAUCGAUUCUGCUGCCAAAUUCAUUGGUGCUGGUGCUGCAACAGUCGGUGUUGCCGGUUCUGGUGCUGGUAUCGGAACAGUGUUCGGUUCCCUCAUCAUUGGUUAUGCCAGAAAUCCAUCGUUGAAACAACAGUUGUUCUCAUAUGCUAUCUUAGGUUUCGCCUUGUCUGAAGCUAUGGGUCUUUUCUGUCUUAUGAUGGCCUUCUUGCUGCUCUUCGCUUUCUAAAGUGUAUGUCAUUGAAAGUUUAUAAACAACAGUAAUAGCAUUAACAUCAGCUACACCAUUUAUUGUUUUUAAAAAACAUCCAAGAAUAAAAACACGUUUAUUUAAGUUUAAAACGAAAAUAAAAAUACUAUGAUAAAAAAUUAGAAAUGUGCAGAAUACGUUAAAUCCAAGCGAAAAACCACCCUAACCGAAGAGAAGAAAUAGCAGCAAGUAUAUUGCGAACGAAAUGAAAAAAGUUAAGCGCCGAAUCGAAAACAGUCGGUCAACAGAUCGAAACACCAGCUAGGGAAUUCGUUAUUGACCCCAAAUCAUUUUAGCGAUAUGGAACAUUUCAAUUAAAAUCACAUACAAAUAUCUAAGUCUACAGCCAUUAGAAGUAUAAAUUGAGUGAAUCCUGAAGCAAGAAGUUGCUAUUAGUGGUUUACCAUACUAUAGAUUUAGUUUCAAUGCCAUGAUAUAGGGUCGUGUUUGCCCUGUUAGCGCUCUCGUUAAAAA